GCGCGGCCCAGCCAGCCCAGCUCUUCCUGCCGCCCGUCCGCCAUUUUGCGGAGCCGAGGCGGCCCCUCAGACAGCCCAGCCUGCUCUAGGCCCGGCGCGGCGGCCCCGCUGCGGGACAUGGUGGAGCAGGUUUGAAUAGCUGGUAAUUAACAUAAUCAUUUGCAAAUGCAAUGGAAGAGGGCAAGACUGAAGACGUCCAGGGUAUUCUACGACUUAAUGUGCGAGGAUGUUUAUAUACAGCCAGGCAUGAGUCUUUAUGCCGCUUUAAGGAUUCAAUGCUAGCUUCUAUGUUUAGUGGACGCUUUCCUCUAAAAGUAGAUGAAUCAGGAGCAUGUCUAAUUGAUCGAGAUGGAAGCCUGUUUAAAUAUCUUUUGGAUUACCUUCAUGGAGAAGUUCGGAUUCCCGAAGAUGAACAAAUUCGAAUUGCACUGCAGGAGGAAGCAGAUUAUUUUGGCAUCCCUUAUCCAUACAGUCUGUCUGACCAUUUGGCCAAUGAAAUGGAGACAUAUUCUUUAAGGUCAAAUAUAGAGCUUAAAAAGGCUUUGUUAGAUUUCUGCGAUUCUUAUGAUUUAGUUUGUACCAAGCCUACAGUUUGGGUCCUGCACUAUCUCAACACUUCUGGAGCAAGCUGUGAAAGUAAAAUUAUUGGUGUGUAUGCCACAAGAGCUGAUGGGACUGAUGCAAUUAAUAAGGCGCUAGGAACAAAAAUUCAUAGUAAAAGCAUUUACAAAAGAGAAGCUGGAAAUAAUGUCCAAUACAUCUGGAGCUAUUACGCAGUAGCUGAGUUGAAAAAGAUGAUGGAUGCUUUCGAUGCCUGGGAAGGGAGAGGUGUCAGCUACUGGAGAGUGCCUCAGGGGCUGAUUGAAUGUUGGACUCUUGAAGAGCGCCCUUUGAAAGGCAGUUUGCAUCAUAUGCCUCCAGUUCAUAAAAGGUUUCAGCUAAAACUCCUGAUGUACCACAGUGAUCCUGGUGAGACCAUAUACUGUCUUGAAAUAUUGCGAUUAACCGACUUUACUGAAGAGGAAGACUAUUUACCAUGUAAAGCAGGUCCCAAGCCAAUUAGAUUCUCAGGUCCCUCAACAAGUACUGAUAUCAAAGUUAAGAAUUCAGCUUCAUUAAAGGUAGCUGCUGGCAACGCGUCAUGUUCUGCAGUGACUCUUAAACGACCCCAUCGCAAAAGUCUGACGCUGCACAAAGUAGCUUCUGAAACUGUAUCCACGACAUGCAUGUCGGCGCCCAGCAAUUCCCAGGUGCCCUGUGGAAGGCAGAGUGCUGAUGACGGGGCACCAUGUCAGAUGACACUCAAGACAGCAGCAUCUACAAAGCCCGUCAGCAAUCGUGUAGUAAAGCUGAAGCGAACUCCACUUUUUCGUGUGACGCCAUCUCAGCCAUCAUCUUCUGUAUCCAGAAAAACAAGUGAACAGGACAGAGCUGCUGUUGAAAUUCCUGCUACUUCUAUGGUAUUAAACAAGAAAGAACCAGCUGUAUUAGCAGAGAGUAUUAAGCUUAAGAAUGAUAAAGUGGAUGGAUAAUGUUUGACUCAGCCGGGCAAACUAGGUAGCUUUGCAUCAUCUGGUCAAAGAAGAGAUCAUCGUCUCAUGUGGUCGUUUAUUCAAAGAUUUGGUAGAAAAAUUUAUGAUGAAGUAGUUUGUGAAAAACAUAGGGAGAAGUUAUUUUAAGUGAGCACUGUUUUCUGCUUUAUUUCUAAAUAUUUCUUAGAUGUUGGGAAGGGAGGAAGAAAAAUGGAUUAAAAAACCCCUCAAACACAGAGCAUGUGCAGUCCAAUAACACAGUAUCUCAUGUUUGUAUUUCGGUUGGGCUGUACUAAUACAAAUGAUCUUGUUAAAGGGAGUACUUGCACAGCAUAAAAGCAGACCUCUUUAUCAACUUUAACUAGCUAACAUUAACUAGAGUUAAUUUCCUUAGUUUGUAUUUUAAAAGUGGUGGAAAACAGAUAACAGUAAGUAGCUUUUAUUAGCUACAAGUUUGCCACAAGUAUGCAAAAUACUGAGUACUGUGAAGAUUCCUGAAGUUGAAUGAAUGUACUUACUGGUACUGCUGGUGAGGGUAAGUCACCAUUGUGUUAUUAACAGCAAUGAAAGGGCCCACAUAUGCUUAUACACAGUGCAAAAAUUCAGAAAUACAGGAAGGUAAGAAGCACCCCUAGCGAGUAACAAGGCAAUUUUUUCCAUAGACCUGCAACAUACACGUAACUACUUCCCUAACAGGGUGUGACCUGCCACUGGGGUGAGCUGCUGCAGACAGCCCGUGCAGCCUUGGCGUUUUGUUUCGCACCACUGUGAGGUGUGUUUUCUGCAGCUGCAGGGAACUUCACAGGCCCUUCCGGUGUCCUUCUGCAGGUCCUUUCAAAUGAGGAGGGGACGACCUCAACUCCUGUGCAGCAGAGCAGUGUUAACAGAGGUGCCCUGGCUUGAAGAAAGCUAAAAGAACCCCUCCUUCCCCUGAGCAGGAUAGAGGAGAUCUUGUACCAGGGUAAAUUCUGAGUAAUGAUGCUGAAGUGAAGAGCUGCUCUAUGUUUCUGUCAGCAGAGGAAAGCUGAUCUGGGCUCACUGAUUUUAAAAAGCCCUUUUAGUUGUUUAAAUCAGUGAACGAAACCUGGCUUUGUUUUGUGCCUUUACUUGCUUACAGUUGGGUGCUGGGGUUUUUUUUUGUUGGUUUUGCUACUGUUUUUGUUUUUCCAGCACAGUAAAUACAGCUGUCCCUAAAUGUCGAUUAGUCAUAUCACAUUGCCAAAAUGCAAUGUUUCUAAAUUUCUGAGACUAUGAGAAUUAGAGGAGGGUUCUUUAAGUAAGUGUGUUACUUUCUAGAUCAUUUAGAAGCCAUCACAUUUUCAGACUUUUCUCCUAACCACAAGGACUUGAAACUUUUGCACAAGUGAAAAACCCAAAUUUUCAUGUACUGAUGUAUUUUUAAGGAGACACUUUAGCGAGAACAGUAGUCACCAUAAAGGUGACUGUAAUUUUCUGCUAUCGGGAUGUAUAUUGAAGACCAGCUUACCUUUAGAAUCUUUAAGCUAAUGGUUUUUCUUAAAAAAUAAACCCAAAGAGCAACAUCUCCAAGGCUUUUCCUAUCCCAACAAAAUUUCACUAAAGAAAGAACAAGGCAAAAAUUAUGGAAAGAUACUAACACAAUGUAAUCUCCUAUUCCUUGAGCAUGCAAUUCAUUGUUGACACUAAGUUUGUGAAAUUUAUUUUUCAUAGUAAUCUGAUUGAAAAGCAGUUUUUAAUACUUAUCUUCUGUGUGACUUCACUAUUUAUUGAAUAACUGAGGCACUUUACCAUGCGCCUUUAAAUCUUUUCACAAUGCUUCCUAAAGCCGAUUUUCUUCCUCUUCAACUUUGAUGAAUUUCGAAGGCUUCUACGAACAUACAAUAGCAGAAUCGUAGAAUCAUUUAGGUUGGAAAAGACCCUUAAGAUUGAGUCCAACAUCACACUAAAGUUCAUAAAAAGUAUGGAAUUUUGCACGCGUACAAGGAAAAAGCUUUGAGAAUGAUCCUCCAGGACUCUGACUUUGCACUAGCUCAGUGUUUGUUUAAUUAUUCUGGUAGCACAAUAUUUUUUGAGUAACAUGCAUGUAAUUUGCCUUACAGUGGCUUUAAUGAGAGUUUUCUCUUUGUCCUAGACCUACAGGCUUGUGGUUAAAAGAGGGGAAAAAAACCCCAAACAAACAAAAAACCAACUCCCUUGAAUUUCAGAGAUGAAAUGGGAAGGUGGCUGUGGUAAGGAGGUGGAGCAAGAUUGAUGUUUUUUUUUGAGGGACUUGAUUUUAUUUAUUUAAUUGGAUGAUGUGCAAACAUGGCCUUUCAGCUUAUCUGGGUAGGCACUUUUUGUGUGGGUUUUUUAUACCUGUGAAUCUUGCUAAGUUUCUCUUAACUGAGGGACUGAUAUUAAACAGUUUUAUAAUAGCUAACCUUCAUGGUGACUUUCACUACAAAAAUAGCCUUGCCCUUAUCUACCCAAAGCCUUUUAAAAUGUGUCUGUAAAACAGAAUUUCAUCUUUUCUAUGGGAGGCCAGUAGCUGAAAACAGAUGAAACUUGCCAGUCCAAGGACGAGUCAUCCCUCAACCUGGCUAACGGACUGAUUUUUGAGGCCUGGAACAAGGAACAGGAAUUCUGCGAGUCUGAAUUACCUGCAGGUUGAAACUUCCUCAAAAGUCUAUGUUCCCCAGUUUCUUGAAAGUCUGCAGUUUUCUUACCAUUUCACUUGUCUAACUUGGAUCACGAAGUACUGUCUGGUACUGCAUUUGCACUGAUAAGCUGUGAUUCAGUGAUUUACUGUGAAAAGUGAGCUUGGGAUGCAGAGGGCCUAUUAUCACUAAGAUGUGAUUCAAAUAGAUGUAAUUCUAUCUGCGUGCUUUAGAGUAUGGAGAACUCAUUUGUACUUGAUGUAAGCAAGCAGACGUUAUUUCGUGGAUAGGCAUAUGUUACCACUGGUCCUCAGGGAGAGCUUUCAUCAGGCUUGUUUUCAGUUGAAAAGCCAAGGAAAUACCAAAGCUACCUCUUUCUUUUUUUUCCUUUCAAACAGUUCCAGUUAUUCCCAUACCAGUUCUUCCAGAGCAGAAAAAUACUCUUUUAAACCAGCUACCAUUAAAUUGCUUAGAUAAUAAAUAUUACGUAGUUUAAACCUUACUAUGGCUAAAAAGAAACACUAACGUUACCCAGGAGUAAGCAGAUUUCAUUUACUUGGUUCUUACCAAUCCACGAAGGACAAAUUCUCACCUGAUAAAAACAGGAGGCUAGUUGUGCCAUCAAAAACUUGGGAGUGAAGCUGUCUGUCCCUCAGCUGCAGUUACAGACUCAAAGUGUGGUUAGAAGUAAAAUUCUAAAUACUCUGUGAUAAUAAAGUCCCACAAAAGUCUAGAUUAAUUCUGGGCAAUAGCUUUUAAUAAAAGAUGUUAAGCAGUAGAAACAAAUAAGGCUGACAGUACAGACCUUUGCUGCUUUCUAAGCGUUCUGGAUAUCUCUUCUUACAGAAUUUUCUUCUUGCCAAAAGUCUGGUUGUUUAUACCAGAAUUGAUCACUCUUGUCUGAAAAUUACUUUGCAAAUUCACAGGGUCACAUGAUCAGCUGUGUGGCCUGCCCAGAAUUUGCAUCAAGGAUGUGGCUCUUUUCAAAAUUGCCAAUUUCAAAACUGCCAAAAUUCCCAACCCACCCCCCUGUCUCUGGUACAACAUACGCGAACAUUUUCGUAUAGUUUGGUUUAGUAGUUUGCCAUAAUAAAAUAGCUGUAUUGUCUCAAA